AAAGGGCGUUAGAAAGUGGACGAUGCAAAUCUCGUUGGCGUGUUUUUGGGCGUUUAAACUUUGUUGAAUCAGUUGUUUGGAGGCAGCGAUCUGACCAGGAUGAGAGCAAUCAGAGUGUUUGGUUUGUGUGUUCUGUUGGCUGGAACGAUUUGCGGUUAUCAGAUAAAACCAAGAAAUUACAACAAAAUUGUCCAGCAACAAAAGAGAUUCAAUGAACGAUUCACCGAGGAAUUCAUGGCUGAACACUUACACUACGCCGAAACGGGUAACAAAUCGACACGGCUGGAGGAACUGUUCGACCAUAUUCGACAAACGCCGGAAAUGUUCCGCCAAGAAUUGGGCAGAAUGCCGAUGGCUUCUCAGGGUAUAGAGUGUACGGCGUGUGGAGCCCUCGCAUCGUUGUUCUUGAGAUAUCGACAAACCUUCAAGUGGGAUCGUGAAAGGCUUAUCAAUCAGGCCGUAACUAUAUGCCGCUCCCUGGAAGUAGUGCGUCCAGACAGUUGUGUGAAGCUUGUGGAUAUAAAUAUUGACGUGAUACUAUAUAUUCUCGAUAAUACCAGAGGUCUUACCGCUCCGACAAUAUGUGGAGUGUUGUUCCAAUCGGGAGCUUGCACAUUAGAGGAUCCUAAAUUUCUGGAUUGGAGUGUCGACAUAGCACCAGGUGGAACUCCAGUUACCUCGUCCAAGACUGGAUCGAACAGGGGAGAGAAUGAUUUGAAGAUUAUCCACAUUACCGAUUUGCACUAUGAUCCCAGCUAUCAAACUGGUUACAGUGCCGUUUGUGGUGAGCCAAUCUGUUGUCGCAGAGACCAAGGAAUUCCAGAAGAGCCAGUGGAUGGAGCCGGAGAAUGGGGAGACUAUCGUGACUGUAGCUCACCUUGGAAAGCUGUUGAAAAUGCUAUCAGGGAAGCGGAACGUCAACACCCGGAUGCUGAUGUAGUGUAUCAUACGGGAGAUAUUGUCGAUCAUGGCAUUUGGGACAAGACAGUUUCGGGAAACAUUGAUUCGAUGAAUCGUGUGUAUUCUUUAUUGAAAGAGGUGUUUCAGAACAGAACCAUAUUCAAUGUUCUGGGAAAUCAUGAUAUAACACCCGUAAAUGCUUUCGCACCGAGUUACAUCAAUCAAACGGACCUCUCAUCUAGCUGGUUGUACGAAUUGGCCGCUGAUUUAUGGGCUGAUUGGCUGUCACCGGCAACGAGACAGACAAUUUUGAGCGGUGGCUACUAUACGAGCCUAGUUCGUCCGGGGUUCCGUGUGAUUGGUUUGAACAACAACGAUGUCAACACAUUCAAUUGGUGGUUGCUACACGAUCCAACCUAUCCGAAGCAUCAACUACAAUGGCUGCAUGAUACGCUUCUUCAAGCUGAAGCAGCUGGAGAGAAGGUUCACAUCCUGGGUCACCUACCUAUAGUAUAUGAGACAAGCUAUAACACCUGGUCCCGGCAGUAUAGACGCAUUCUGGAACGAUAUUGGGAUACGAUCACGGCACAGUUUUAUGGACACACCCAUGCCGAUGAGUUUAACGUGUUCUAUUCGAUCUCAAAUCCCCAACACACCAUCGGUGUUGGAUUCAACGGAGGCGGUACGGUACCGUACAGUAAUUAUAAUCCCAACUAUGUGGUGUACUACGUUAAUCCGGAUACAUAUGAAGUGACAGACAUCGAAUCCUUCUACUACGAUCUGGCCGAAGCUAACCUACAUCCCCAGAGGGAACCACAGUGGAAAACUCUCUAUUCCUUCUCGCGAGAUUUCGCCAUCGUCAACGUUUCUCCUUCAUCGCUGGACUCUUUGGUGCAUCGUUUUGCCGCGAACUCAUCGGAACUGAGACGCUACUGGGAGCUGAAGGUAAAGCGUGGGGAGCCCUUCCUGGAGGAGGGAUGCGAUGGCGAAUGCCUUUUGAACCAUCUGUGCGAAGUCGUUAACAACGAUAUCGGUGACGACCGUAAAUGUGACCAACUCCGAGCGAUAGCAGCGAGCGUUGAAUUUGAGUAGAGAUGGAUAAUUCGAGAAUAAAUAUUGGGAUAAUUUCUCCGCCAAGAUAAUCUGUUUUUUUUAAUGCGCGAAAAGCCGCCGGGAGGAGGCACUCGUGACAAA